UCGGUGUCUUACUAUCUGUUGCCUAAAGCCAGAAUUUCCUCCACAAUGAACUGCAGUGAAAAUGGAUCUUUUUUACAGUUCAAAAUGGAUGGUUGCAGGUGUUGGUGACAUAAUCCCACCGAAUCAAAGCUACACUCACCCCAACUCUCCCAUGAGUGGCUCAUAUAUAAUGAGUCAAGUGUUGUCAUUUGAGAAGAUCAAAUUGACUAAUCACAAAAGUCUGACACUAAAUCAAAUCUCCUUGGUUUCAAUGCAAAAAUUCUGUCCUUGCAUUCAUCUUGUUGAAGUCAUCAACAAUGAAGUCUGUACCAACACUGAACACUGUUUCUCAUUCACACAGACAUCAUUCAUUACUGUCACUGCUUACCAAAAUCAAGAAAUUACUCGACUAAAAAUCGCAAGAAAUCCGUUUGCAAAAGGUUUCAGGAAAACGAACAAACACAG